CACUCUCUCUCUCUCUGUCUCUCUCCCCUCUCUCUCUCUCUCUCUCUUCAAAAACCACUGUUUUGUUGCAGAAUCUCUGCCACAAAACAUAUAACUGACGCCAUUUCUGUGUCUGAAUUCUGUUACUCCAAACAAAAGGUUCAGAAGCAGUUUUUACUAAGCUGAAGUACUACUAGUUACUGAGAUAAUUAAUCACUUUUUUCUGCCGCGUAAAUAAUUGAUUUUUAGAUGCCAACUUCUCAAGAACAAGCAAAUUCAGCUGGUAACCAUUUGUACCAACACCAGCUAGUGAAACAAACUGAUUCAUACAACACUCUACACAAAAUAUUACAAAGCAAUUCAUCAUGUCUUGGUAGCAGUAGUAGUAGUAGUUAUGGAACCAAUGUUUCUUACGGAACAAGCAACAGGGAGAAAAGAUUCUUUACCUUGGAAUCAUCUCAACCAAAUGCCGAUUUUGUAGCUUUUGAGUCUCCUUCAUCUGCUGCUAGUGUUUCAUCCAACAUCAGAAGUCCUUUUUCGCCGCAGCUUACUCAUCAUUACACCUCUGACAUCAGCACGAACGGUUCGCCGAUAAGUGCUUACUCUAGUGCUGUUGAUGAUGGUAGCUUUGAGUUGAAGAAAAAACUUAGAGAAUUGGAGAUUUUGUUGUUAGGUCCUGAGUCGAAUAUUGUCGACAGCUGUCAGAGCUUCCCGAAUGGCGCGUCUCGAUAUAAUUGGGCUGAGAUUCAAGAAAUGAUUCCGAAGUUGGAUUUGAAUGAAAUACUAAUUAAAUGUGCAGAAGCUGUUUCUGAUGAUGAUAUUGAAACUGCGUUGGGGUUUAUGAACAAUGUGUUGGGAAAGAUGGUAUCGGUCUGCGGUGAACCGAAACAAAGAUUAGGUGCUUAUAUGUUGGAGGGUUUAAGAGCGAGGCUGGAAUCGUCGGGGAGUGUGAUUUAUAAAUCAUUGAUGUGUGAAGAACCAACAAGCAAAGAAUUGAUGAGUUAUAUGUAUAUAUUGUAUCAGGUUUGCCCGUAUUGGAAGUUUGCUUAUUUAUCGUCCAAUGUAGCCAUUUCCGAAGCUAUGAAAAAUGAGUCGAAAAUUCACAUAAUCGACUUCCAAAUCGCGCAGGGAACGCAGUGGUUGUCAUUUAUGCAUGCUCUCGCGCGUAAAUCGGACAAACCUCCUUUUAUUCGUGUAACAGGUAUCGAUGAUUCUCAAUCCCUUCACGCCAGAGGCGGAGGACUUGAUAUCGUAGGGAAGAAGCUAACGGAUUUCGCUAAAACUUGUGGAAUUCCGUUUGAGUUCAGUAGUGUUCCUAUGUUCGGGUGCGAGGUUCAGCUAAGUGAUUUCGUACUUCAAACUGGCGAAGCUUUGGCUGUGAAUUUUCCUUUCACUUUGCAUCACAUGCCUGACGAGAGCGUGAGCACGGAGAAUCACAGAGACCGGCUUUUGAGAUUGGUUAAGAGUUUGUCGCCUAAGGUAGUGUUACUUGUGGAGCAAGAAUCAAACACAAACACUUCUCCGUUUCUUCACAGGUUCGUCGAGACUAUGAAUUAUUACACUGCUAUGUUUGAAUCAAUCGAUGUGGCUUUCGCUAGAGACGACAAGACGAGGAUCAGCGUAGAACAGCACUGCAUCGCGCGAGAUAUUGUUAACAUGAUAGCUUGUGAGGGGGGUGAGAGAGUGGAGAGACAUGAACUGUUUGGAAAGUGGAAGGCUAGAUUAUCAAUGGCGGGUUUUGUGCCGUUACCGUUGAGUCCGUCGGUGACUGGUUCGGUUAGAAAUCUGUUGAGGGAGUUCAAUGAGAAUUAUAGGAUUGAACAAACAGAUGUUGCUGUCUAUUUAGCAUGGAAGAGUAGAGCUAUGGCCACAUUUUCUGCUUGGAAACCCAAGCUAGGUGAGGAUUCUUCACUUGAGGAUUCUUCACUCGAGGAUUCUUCACUCGUAACGAAGAAAUCUUAGAGAAUUCGGAUGAGAAAAUUUUAUUAGAUACUAAAAUAGAGGCGAAAUCAUAGGACUUAUAAAUUGUAUAGAUUGUGAAGUGGUUGAAUAGGAUGAAUCGAACGGUCUAAAGCAAAGAUUUUUAAAUCUUUGCUUUAGGCCGACUUGACUCAUAGUCGUAGGGAUUUAAAGUUUAAGGAUGUUCAUGAAACCUUUUUCUUUUGUUUUGUUGUCUUAGAGUUUAAUAAAGGAAAGGGAAAAUAAAGAUGGCCAAAUAAA